GGGGUCCGGGCGGGAGGCUUGGCUAGGACUCCGGUCCGCCAGGCGGGGACGCGGCGGGGGGACUGGAGGAGGGGCGACGCAGGACUGGCACCCGCACGCGGUGCGCGGGCGAGGGGUGACCCCGGGAGCGGGCGCCGGGCCCUCGGCGAAUCGAGGGGCGGCCGAGAGCCUGGCUGGCCCCGCCCCGCGGACCCCGCGCGGGUCCCCAGACGGGGGGUGGCGCUGCGGGCGCAGGCGGGCGCCGCGCGCACUGCGGUCCCCGCGCCUCCGCCGCAGAGCGCGCCACGCUCCGCACGCACCUGCCGCCGCCGCGCCGCGCCGAGCCCGCUCCCCGCGCCCCCGGGAGCCGCCGCGGCCGCGCCAUCGCCCCAGGUCGCCGCCGGAGCCGCCGGGCCGAGGCGGGGGCGCCGCACUCGGGCCUGCCUUUGAGACAACCUCCGCGGCGGCGCGCGGCUCGGGACGCCAGGCUGGGGCAGCUCGGGCCUGGUCCCGGCCUCCUCCCCGCUCCCGCCACCGCCGAGCCUGCGGCCCGGGCCCGCCCGCAGCCAGGGCCCCGGCUACCUGCCUUCCGUGGGCACCCUGCCCUGGAGCCAUGGGGCCCACCUAGCCCCCGCCUGCCCGGAUGGCCCAGCCGGGGCGCUGCUGACCGCGGCUGCACGGAGAGCCCACCCCAAACCCCCUCGCCGGCCUCCGCCGCCGGAGACCCUGGGUGAGGCCCUGGGCCGGACCUGCAGCCCCAGGCAGCCUCCCGCACCCCUCUGCCCCUGCCGGCCCCCACCCCCCCCACCCCUUCCUCCUCCUCCCCGGACUGGGCCAGAGAAGCCACUGUGGCCACCGGGAGGGGCCCUGCCCCCCCAGCUCUCGCUAAUCGCCCCCAAGAGUCCUCGGGGAGGCCGGGGUCCCCACCAGGCCUGGCGGGACCAGGAUGCUGCCCCUGCUCCUCCCCCCCGGCCCCACCCCACGCCCCCUCCCACCUUAACACCCUGUCUGACUGGAGACAGCCGGAUGCCGGCUGACCCUGGGCCCGAGGCGGGCAGCGGCUGGCCAGGCCUCCUCAUGUCCUGCCUGAAGGGCCCCCAUGUCAUCCUCAAGAUGGAGGCCAUGAAGAUCGUCCACCCCGAGAAGUUCCCCGAGCUGCAGGCGGCCGCCCCCUGCUUUGCACCUGCGCCCCGGCCCACCCCAGCUCUGGCACCCAAGCGCGCCUGGCCCUCAGACACGGAGAUCAUCGUCAACCAGGCAUGUGGGGGGGACAUGCCUGCCUUGGAGGGGGCGUCCCGCACCCCGCCACUGCCACGCCGGCCCCGCAAGGGCAGCGCGGAGCUGGGCUUCCCCCGCGUGGCGCCCGUGGACGAGGUCAUCGUGAAUCAGUAUGUGAUGCGGGCGCCUGGCCCCACGGCCUCGGGGCCCCCCACCAUGCCGUCACCCGCCGCCGGGGAGCCCCUGGAGUGUCCCACCUGCGGGCACACGUACAACGUCACGCAGCGGCGGCCCCGCGUGCUGUCCUGCCUGCACUCUGUGUGCGAGCAGUGCCUGCAGAUCCUCUAUGAGUCCUGCCCCAAGUACAAGUUCAUCUCCUGCCCCACCUGCCGCCGCGAGACUGUGCUCUUCACCGACUACGGCUUGGCCGCGUUGGCCGUCAACACGUCCAUCUUAAGCCGCCUGCCGCCCGAGGCGCUGACCGCCCCAUCUGGUGGUCAGUGGGGGGGUGAGCCCGAGGGCAGCUGCUACCAGACCUUCCGGCAGUACUGCGGGGCCGCCUGCACUUGCCACGUGCGGAACCCGCUGUCCGCCUGCUCCAUCAUGUAGUGCCCACCCGCCUGCCCGCCGCCCGCCCGCCGUCCCUGCCACCGCCUGCGGUCGGUCCUCGCGCUGCAGCUUCAGGGACCGGCCCUGCCCCAUACUCCCUGCCCCCUCACCCGACACAGCUUCUGGCCCCCACCUGUGUGGCAUUGUCGCUGCAACAACUUUGCCAUUAAAACUCUGCCAAAGUU